UAUUAUUUGUAUGGGUUCCAUUGGGCUGCUGUAAAAUCCCAAGACAAAUAAACAAGCCCAGUAUGGACGGCCGACGGGUCUAACGGCUGAUAGCCUCCCUGUUUCUUGCCUUUCACUUUCCCUAUUUGCUAUACUGUACUGGAACUUUCUACCAACAACCCAAGCCAUCUCCUAUUUUUCCUUCAUCAAUGGCCGAAGUCGACGGCUCAAAAAUCCCAUCUUUGUCUGAGAUUUUGGUCACCCUGACAGAGGCUUCAUCAGCAAAUGACAAAUUUCGUUUUGCAAAUUGUGACAUGUCUCCUUUGCCUAUUUAUGAGUUUCAAUAUUUACUGAAAGAGAAAGAAGAGAAAUCUACCACAGUGGCUGCAGUGAAAGAAACUGAGGUUAAGACCUCUUCAACUGCUGCAUCUGAGGAAGAUACUUCCAAAACUGAGGAAACCCCAGCGGUUGAAAAUAGUGAAGUUUUGCUUGCUGCGCCUAAAGAAAGCAAUGGAGCCUCUGACUCGACAGUACCAGAAACUGAUGAAGCCUCUCCUUCUGUAGAGGCUGCUAGUGAAGAAAGCACCGAAAGUACUGAACAUGAUACAUCUGGAAAUGAGAGCCAAGAAUCUGCGGAUGAGACCCCUGAGAUUAAGCUUGAGACUGCGCCUGCUGACUUCCGCUUCCCUACUACGAAUCAGACAAGGCACUGUUUCACAAGAUAUAUUGAAUAUCAUCGAUGCAUAGCUGCAAAAGGUGAAGGUGCUCCUGAAUGUGAUAAGUUUGCCAAGUAUUACCGAUCCCUUUGCCCUGGUGAAUGGAUUGAUAAAUGGAAUGAGCAGAGGGAAAAUGGCACCUUUCCAGGACCACUGUAAACUGCAUUUUUUGGUUCCAACUCUGUUGCAUCUGAACGUUCAAAUGAACUGGGUAGUUCUCUCUGAACAAAUUGUGAUCAAUAAAGUUUUGCCUUUCUAAUGGAACUAGUGUAAGCUUAUAAUAAGUGAAUUGUUUAGGAUCCUUAGUUCCUGUGAUAACAUAGGAUACAGACUUCUUUACUUGUCUCUGUACUUGUUGAUCAUCCAGUAGAAUCUGUUAAUACUUAAAAUAUUUUCUGUUGAGGAUCAACUCAAUAAAGCCUUUUCUUUGUUAACGAUCA